CCUCCGGCUCGGGAGCGUCUCGCUCGCGUCCCGAGCCCGCGGCGCUCGCGCGGCUGCGAGCCUCGGGUGGCCGCGCGCCGGCUCCAGGAAGCCGGAGAGGGCGCGGCGGCCGGGAUGGCGCGGCGCGGGCCGCGCGGCUAGACGGGCGCCGGAGGAGCCGCCGGCCCGCGCCCUCCAUUCUCUUCCUCCCGGACCCGGCUCCGCGCGGGCCGGGAGCGGCCGUGCGGCGGGGAGCCGCCUUCGCUGACGCCGGGCACCUGGACGCUCGCGAGAUGCCCAACCCCAAAAACAGUAAAGGUGGCCGCAAAAACAAGCGCGCCAACAGCAGCGGGGACGAGCAGGAAAAUGGAGCCGGGGCCCUGGCAGCGGCGGGCGCGGCGGGCGCGGCAGCCGGGGGGGGCCUGGCGGCGGCGGCCGGCUGCGGAGCGCCGGCGGCGGGAGCGCCGGGCACCGGGGGUGCGGCGGGCACCGGAGGCGCGGGGACUGGCACCGCCAACGCCGCGGCCGCCGCGGGGGCUGCAGCCGCGGGCGACGCCAAGAACGAGGCCCCUUGUGCCACGCCCCUGCUCUGCAGUUUCGGGAGGCCGGUGGACCUAGACAAGGACGACUACCAGAAGGUGGUGUGCAACAAUGAGCACUGCCCCUGCAGCACCUGGAUGCACCUGCAGUGCUUCUACGAGUGGGAGAGCAGCAUCCUGGUCCAGUUUAACUGCAUCGGCCGUGCCCGCAGCUGGAACGAGAAGCAGUGCCGCCAAAACAUGUGGACGAAGAAGGGCUACGACCUGGCCUUCCGCUUCUGCUCCUGCCGCUGUGGACAGGGCCACUUAAAGAAGGACACGGACUGGUACCAGGUGAAGCGGAUGCAGGACGAAAAAAAGAAGAAGUCUGGCUCAGAGAAGAACACCGGCAGGCCCCCUGGUGAAGCGGGGGAGGAGGCCAAAAAGGGCCGGCCACCCAGCAAGCCGCAGAAAGGCCUGAGCCAUGACCCCCCGCGGCGGCACUCCAUGGACCGGCAGAACUCCCAGGAGAAGGCAGUGGGCGCGGCGGCGGCGGCGGCCUACGGGGCCCGCUCCCCCUGCGCCUCCCCGGGCCAGUCCCCGCCCACCGGCUAUUCCAUCCUCUCCCCCGCCCACUUCAGCGGCCCCCGCUCCUCCAGAUACCUCGGGGAAUUCCUGAAGAAUGCCAUCCAUUUGGAGCCUCACAAAAAGGCCAUGGCCGGAGGCCACGUGUUCCGGAAUACCCACUUUGAGUACAGUCCGGCUGGGUUAUCGGGGCACAGGGGGGGCCACUUCGAUGCGCCCGUGCAGUUCCUGCGGCGCCUCGACCUGUCCGAGCUGCUCACUCACAUCCCCAGGCAUAAGUUGAACACUUUCCACGUGCGGAUGGAGGACGAUGCCCAGAUGGGCCAGGGCGAGGAUCUGCGCAAGUUCAUUCUUGCGGCCCUCAGUGCCAGCCACAGGAAUGUUGUAAACUGUGCCCUGUGUCACCGGGCGCUCCCGGUGUUCGAACAGUUCCCUCUGGUGGACGGAACUCUGUUCUUAAGCCCGUCGAGACACGACGAGAUCGAAUAUGAUGUUCCAUGUCAUCUUCAAGGGAGACUCAUGCACCUGUACGCCGUGUGCGUGGACUGCCUGGAAGGGGUUCACAAGAUCAUCUGCAUCAAGUGUAAGUCCCGGUGGGACGGCAGCUGGCACCAGCUGGGCACCAUGUACACCUACGACAUCCUGGCUGCCUCUCCGUGCUGUCAGGCCCGCCUGAACUGUAAGCACUGUGGGAAGCCUGUGAUAGACGUGCGGAUCGGGAUGCAGUACUUCUCUGAGUACAGCAAUGUCCAGCAGUGUCCGCACUGUGGGAACCUGGACUACCAUUUCGUGAAGCCAUUUUCCUCCUUCAAAGUUCUUGAAGCUUAUUGAUGAAAGCUUUGCUUUAGAGAGUUCCUUUGUGUAUGUGUGCCACUAAAAUGGUUUUGGCCCCUUGCCCUCACUUGACUCCUGAGUGUUAGUCUGUGGUCCUGACCAGAGCUCAAAUGGACAAUCCUGUGAGUCUGGGGUAGUGGUUCACUAUCACUAAGAGUCUCUCAUGCAGCUUUUAAGGUGGUGGGGAGGAUAGGGUGAAUUUAGUAAAGGGAUGAUAUAGUUAUCAACUAAAAGCAUGGUGGGAGUUGGAAGGAACCUCUUAUUAAAAUGUUACGUGUCUGAAAACCCACUUUUAGAUCUGCUCAGGCUUUGGGAACAACAUGGGGCACGUGAAUGUCAAUCUGUGCCUGGAGGGCUGGGAGUAUAUUAGUCCGUCUUGGUUCAGUGUUGUGCAGUACACAUUGACCUGCAGAUUAUUUGAAAGUGGACACGAAUGCUGUUUCUGUCACCUCUGUGAUUUAGCAGGCAGUUUUCCUAUUGAAAAUUAGAUCCAAAUUAUAAGACCUAUGAAAACUUGUGGUGUUUUUUAAUUUUUUUACCUAAAAUUUUUACCUAAAAAUAUUUUUAGGUAAACUGACCUGUAACAGAAUAUACUAAAUGAAUUUGGAAGUGAUGCACAUGGACUCAAGGGGGGCAAGAUCAGGCAGAACCCUAUCGUUGGAAUUGUGUCUUUGAAGUUGGUCAGAUGAGCUCUUAAGGAGAAUCCAUGAAUGACAUGAUUUGGUUGGUACUGAUUUAUGUAGGUUGCACUGUCCAAGUGCCAUUUGAUGUCAGAUCCUUCUCACAGGUAAAUCUCACAGCCAUAGACCCGAACUGGUGAAAUUCAGAACCAUCAACACCAUGCUUUAUCUUCUACAAAAUUGUUAUCGCCACAUUUGACCCAUUUAAUGUUGAGUUUCCCAGAUCCUAGGUUUGACCCUAAGAAGGAAAGGAAAAAAAUUGCUUUGUGAGGAUAUGAGGAAGAGAACAAUAAUUUAAUACUUCUUCUUAAAGUGUGUUUCAUUUCUCAAAACCGUGGAUUGUAAUGUAUAACAGUAUGUUUGAAAAUACAUCAUUCUGAAGCUCUCCAUGAUACUUCACCAUUAGUGAAAAAAGAUGAUAAUUUGUAUAACUUGAUUAGUCAGAGCAUUGGGCUUUCCCCAUACCAUCAUAGAAUUGGAAUUAGAGUAUGAUUUCUCAAAAAUGGAUUUGGUAAUUUCAAGUAUUAUGUACAUAUAUGCUAAAAGAAUACUGAAAAUAUAAUCUGUUUUAUGAGUAGCCAAAUUUGGGGUUAUAUGAACAGUUUGUAUUACUCAUUUGGUUUAUACCAUUUUUUUCCCUCAGAAAAACAGCUGUUUUUCCUCUCAGAAGUGUUUAGCUAUUACUGCAAGCAAGUUUCAGUUCUACUGUGUGAAAUAUUUGAUACUUUGAAACAACAGAGCAUUGAAAACCAGUAUAUCAACUAAUAUUCUCAUCUUUCAGUUUGGAUGAUUAUAAUUCGGUUCACUGCAUCUAGUUUGGUGUUUGAUGGUCUGAAAAAUAUUUCACAGUGGGGGGAAGUGCUCAAAUCGAAGCAACAAAUCGAUAUUGGUCUGACAGUAUUUGAUGCAACUGAAAAAGGUCUAUAGGACAUGGCCCUUGCAAAUUUGUCUUUAAUACACAAAGCUGUAAUUGUGAAUUAACUGGUUCCCCACUGAUUCUCUCAUGUACCCAAGUGUAAAAAUCAGUAAGUUUCUUGAGUCUUGAGAGUAACAUUUGAAUUUUAGUUCUGAAUUUCAAGCAGGUAGUAAAAUAUUUGUAAUGCUGUUUUUUAAUGCACCUAAAAUUUCAUAGAGAAACCUGCUUAUUACUGUUCUGGAUCUUAAAGUUUACGUAUAGAUCACAUUCACAAGCCCCUUGGUCUAAAAAUGCUGUGAAUAUGGUCUCUGAUGCAUUCAGUAUUUUCUCCUUCUAUUGGUUUCUGCUCUCUGAAAAAUAAGUAGGAGUAGUUUUCCCUGUAAUUGGGUAAAAUUUGCUUUUGGCCUUUAUUUGGACCACAAAGUUAGGAUUCUGUGGAUGCUGCAGUUCUGAAAAAGGAGAGGCAUAGGUAUCUGUGAGAGUAUCGUUUACCUGUAAGGCAUCACAGUCUCAUCUAAAGUAGAAAAUCUGGCUUAUUUGAGAAUAAAAUAUAAUGAGUAUGCCACAGUGUGGGUAAUAAAUCUUAUUUUGGAAAUCUGCUGACCUUAGUAUUUUCACCAGACUUUCUCAAAGUACUUUGCUCUGAAUACCUUGGUAGAAAUUGGAGUAUGUCAAAAAAGAUGACUGUUUUGUUGUGGUUUGGUUAUUAAAGGAUAUUAGUCACCCAAGAGAUCCAUUUUCUGAUAAAUAGUGUUCAAUAAAAUGAACCACUCAUAAGUGACUAACAAUUUCAAAGUGAUUUUUCAUCUGUUCUAACUUUUUUUUUUUUAUCAUUUAUUUUUAAGAGUUCUGUACCUGGAACAAAUAAAAUUUUACCUGCUUCAGUUCAGUGAGAAACCAUUUCUGAUGGCUUUAUCGUUUCCUCUUCAGGCUGGCUCAGUUCUCCACUUCUGGCUGCAUCUGAAGCAAGUGAUAAUACCGAGUUUAUCAACUGCUUGAUUAAAAGAUAGACAUUGGCCAUGAAAUUGGGCAGUGGGGUGAAUUAUUCCAUUCUGAGUAAGACAGAGCUCUCCCUGGUCUUUAAUUUCCAGGUUUUGCAAAAGAAGUUUAUUUUCAGAGUAAAAAGUAUUUUCAUAUCUUUUGGGGGGGGAAUGAACUCAUCAGGAAAGAAUAUUAUUAGGUGUUUAAAUACUAAAACUAACAGGCUGAUGCAUAACUUAGUAGACCAUGAAAACUAAUUUGCUGAAGUUUUCUGUUUUGUCCUGUAAGACCAAUGCCUCCUGUACAGUCGGUUCUCCUGUCCCUGGGUUAGGACCUCCACAUGGCUUCUCCUCUUUGGUCUCCUGGUUGCAGCUCUUGAGCAAUUUUGGACGUUUGGGGAGGACUUGAGGAGAAAGCGCUCCUGUUCAGUGUUUUGGUUCCUUUAAUAGGCUGCCACCUAACCCAGCUCAUCUCUAUGUCCUGUUGACUUUGUUAUUUUUCCAGGUGAUUGAAAGAAAACAUAACGGACGGGCAUUGUUAAAGCCAGCUCAAAAAUAUAUUCUUGUCCUAAAGAUUUCUUGUCAUGAUGUCUUGGAUUGCACUUUUGUUGAGGGAAGAUGGUGUAAAUAGUUAAAAGAAUGUUGAUAAAACGAAAACAUUUGGUUAUGGAAUUGUGUGUGGUGUUUGAAGGUUUCUGUUUGUGAAAUGUAUGUAUUAAAAAUAAUAAAAUCUCAGAAGCUAACAUUGUA